AUGGUUAAACAAGCAACCACCUUGAAAACCGCCACCUGGACAGCUAAAAAUGUAGAGACCCAAAUAAGAGAAAAGGGUCUAGAGAAAGAUAAGGCAGGAGAAAAGAGAAAGCUUGAGGUAUCCUCAAUAUCAGAUAAGAAAGGAAGAUUCUCAAUGUCUAACAUGGAUGACCUAAAGUAUCGAGCCAAGUGGUGUGAAAAAUGCAAGAAGAUGCAUUAUGGAAGAUGCGACGGAGAAGUGACUUGUUACAAGUGUGGGAGGAUCGGUCACUAUUCUAGAGAUUAUACGCUAAAUGAUAAGGUAUGCUAUGGAUGCAGAGACAAGGGGUAUAUGUCAAAAGAUUUCCUGAAGAAAAACGAAGCUGCAAGGCAAAGUGCGUCGCCGAAGCCAAAUGCAAGAGCAUUUCAGAUGAUCCUUGAUGAAGUAGGUGACAAUGCAAGGGAUCAAGAGUAA